UAACCACACUCGCUUGAAUCGGUAAAUACCAAUCCAAAAUGGUAAAUACCAUUUUCAUUUGGUUAUUCGCUUGAAUUUGAAUUGUAUGUAUACUUGUGUAUGUUUCAUGCUUGCCUGGUUGCCUACUCAACCAUUUUACAAACCUUACAAAGAUCUUUUUGUUCCAUAACACAACACAAAACUGCAAUUUUCAUGAAUAAUUUUUUUAAAUUUCCGGUGUGUUCAAGUUUAGGUUAAGUUCACUGUGUGAAUUCACUAACUUAUCGGGUGUACCACGAACGUUUUUUGUGUCAAUCUGUCAUAUACAUAUAUCUCUCUUCGUUGCUUAUAAUCUGUGUAGAAAGUAGAAAGAGAUGAACAAAAGCCUCGUAUAGGGAGGCUAAGGCUGGGGAAUCCCCCACAGAUUAAUGUUUACUAUUAUCCAUUCCAUAGGCUACUUGUUUUGAGCAGUCCGAGUGUGGUAAUUGGUGUGAUUUUCAAAGUAUGUCCUUAAUAGUCUCAGAUACAAUCAGCAGUCUGAUACUUAUAGUAUUUGAAUGGAUUGGAAGCUUGUUCAACAUGGGGAAUUUUUUCCCUAAAAUGAAUAAAUAUGUUGCAGAAAGUGACCUUUCCUCAGACAGUGAGUCUGAUGGUUUUGAUUUUGACAGUGCUGCAAACACCAGGACGUCUCAAGCAACAUCACUUAAUACUGCUGAUGCCUCAUUACGAAGUGUUUGUCCACCGGAUGCAAGGACCCAAAUAACACUUGAUAAAGUUCAUAUAAUACAAAGUCAUUUAGAUGAACAGGAUAUGAUAUCAUUAAUCUAUCUACUAUUUGAACAACCUUUGUAUGCAUUGCAAGAAAUUCACUUAUGGAGAUUAGAUAAAGGUCGACAGGUGCUAUAUGUAUGGGCUAGUGUACAAUCUGGAGAUGUAUGGAAAAAUCAACUUUUAGAAGCCCUAUGUAUUCUUCGAAAUUACCAUAUUUUGAAAGGUCUAGGUUAUGACAAAGAGUCAUUAAAAAACUACCUUCCUAGUUCAGCAUGUACCUGCAUUUAUGUUAACAGACUGAGGAAAAUGCUUUACAUAAUAUGUGAAAAAUUGAAUUCAUUCAAAACAGAAAAAUUAGUUGAAUAUGUUCAAAAAGAUCACAGGGAUAAAGGAAUAGAAAUGAAUGAAUUCAGCUUAGACCCAAAAGUACUGGAGCUGUACCUGUUAGAUUGGGAAAGCCAUCAUUAUGUUACACAAACAAAUGUUAGAAAUUUAAUGAAAAUUUUUAAACUAAUGGGAGAGGAACAAAUACAUGAAGUAUUGGAUUCAUAUUAUCGAAGCUUACAACAGUCUCAACACAAACAGAGCAAGAUUACUUGUCCCAAGUUGAAAAAUCCUACAAUUUCUAAUGUGACUGCUACUUUGCAACAAGAUCCAUCAACCUCAACACCUGUCGUUAUGCUAACUCCCGAAGAGCCCACUGGUAACUUAUUCAGUAAAUAUUUCGGUGACGAUCCAAUUGACAAAAAAAAGAACAGAAAAGAGAGGAGAGUAUCAACUAGUGUGGAUAAUCAACGGCAACGAAAAACGAGUAGUCAGACAGUAAGAGUAUAUCGAGGUCCUGGUGAUCCAGAAUCUUUGGAAACAAAUGUCUUUGAGCCAGCUCAUGCAGAAAACAACAAGUUUCAUAUAGAUCCAGAAAACCCUGGAGUUGUACUUAUUAUCAAUCAAGAGUACUUCUACACAGAAACAAUGAAACAGUAUAAAAAGCUGUUACCAGAUAAAUCAGAUCAACUUGAGCAGAGAGUUGGUACAGAAAAAGAUAGAAUGAGGUUAAUAAACACAUUUAAAAAAUUUCGCUUCAAGUUGAUUGUUGAAGAUAACAUCAAGCACGUGGACAUGAUUCGCGUUAUUAGAAAAACGGUGGCAAGUGUUAGAAAGGAGAGUAGCUUGUUCAUUUGUAUUCUGUCUCAUGGUGAUAAAGGUUUCGUUUAUGGAGCAAACAGCUGUAAAGUAUCGGUAGAUGAUAUACAAGAUAUGAUGUGCAAAGCACAUCUAGUAAGUAAGCCCAAGGUGCUAAUUUUGCAGUCUUGCCAGGGAUUGCAAUGCAUCAAUGUGAGCUGUCAGAAUGACGACCGAGACCAAGCAGAAACCGUUGCCACAGAUGGUCCCAUUAAACUACCAUAUACUGCUAAUUUAUUGACAUUUUGGGCUACUGUUCCAGGAUACGCAGCGAUAAGAAAUAAAGAAAAAGGUUCGUGGUUCAUUCAGAGCCUAUGCGAAAAAAUGGAAUCCUGUCAAGACAGGCUCCAUUUUUUGGAUAUUUGUACUCGAACUAGCAGAGACGUGUCCGACAAGAGGUGGAAUAAAGGACCAGAUGAGUAUAGAAUGUGUUCUGAAAUCCGUCACACUUUUCUACAAGAUUUUUUCUUACCGAAAAUGACACUUUGAUCAAAUAUUUUAUUUGUUUUUGGCCUGUUCCAUUUAUAGUCCUAUUUCAAAAACAGCAAUUUUUUGUCAUGUAUUAUCACAGUGAGAUAUUUAAAAAUGGUGGCACCGCAGCAAUUUUUGCGAGGCGCAUAGAAUUUGAGACGCUCUGCGGCACGCAGUAUAGCUGCUGCAAAUAUUUAGAUCUAGAAAAAGAGAAAAACAACCAAUUUUGCAUAUAGCAAAAAAGUACGUAGCGGAUUUUAAAAAUAUUGAUUUCUGUGUGGUUGGCGAGUAAAAUGUUCAAUGGAAACCAUUUGUUAAUAAAUGAUGAUUAAAUUAACUUAUCGAAAAUCCCCUACAUAUGGCAAUUGUUCCAGUUAUCCUCCGUGCCGUUUUAAAAAGUCGAGUUUCGUGAAAAACGCUGCGGUAUCCCCAUUUAUGAAUAUUUUACGGUAAUAAUAUUUUUUGUUAUUUAGAUAUAUGCUAAUAACCUCUUUCAAUAUUAUAUUUGAUUACCUUUUCUUUCACCAAAAAGAAGUUACAAAAAUACUUUUAUAAGUCUUAAUGGUGAUGUUGCCCCAAAAUUUCUAUAUAAUUUCGUAGAAUUGUUUUUCAACUACCUAUAUAUAAUAUAUACGUAUUCAUUAUUAUACCACAUGAUGUAUUCUAUUUACAUAUAAUAAACUAUUGAGGUUACAAUUAGUUUUCUAAUGAGUUUGUGCUAAACAGUGCACGGAUAUUGUUUUAUUUAUGUAUCUUACAAGACACAGAAACAAUAAUAGUCUAAUCAUAUCAGCAAAUUUCCCAGAAAUAAUUGUAAAGUCUGGUUUUACUGAUGCAAAUUGUUCAAGGGGGUAUUUAAAAUAUGGACGCAUAAAAUGGGUACACCGGUUUUUGUGGGAAAACUUUUUAUUCGACAACAAAGAAUGAGAAAACGCGUUUUUUGAGAUUCAGUCGAAAGUGUUGGCAGAAACCAAAAAACUCUUCACAUAAGAUUUUUAAGUAUUUAUGAGACCACACAUAAAAAUAUCCGACUAAUAGUAAAAAAGUUAUAGCCGAAAACCCAGGCAAAAUGCGGGUUUCGGCUCUUGCUUCUAAUGCGAUGAUAAUUUCACGCAGCUACUUGAAAUUCUUCAAAUCCAUGGGCUUCAUAUUUCUAAGUAACCACAUAAAAAUUGGAGUCGAUUAGUCAAGUACUCUUUGAGAAUUUCUAAUUGUUUAUCCCGAAACACCUGUUUUUCGGCCAUCACUACUAGUUUACAUUUUAUAGCAAAAUACACGAGUUUACCUUGCCGUCAUAAAUCACAAACCAUUCCGAAAGAUAAUUGCUGUUUUUAUGCGAAAAACGAGGGGUAACGUUUUUUUUUUUUCGUCUAAACAAAUUCAAACAUUCCGUAUUUGUAAGUAUUUGAACAGAUUCGCUACGAUAUUCAAUACAUUAUUAUACACAUUUUAAGAUAAGAAACAUCACAACUUAAGCAGGAGAGUUAUUGGUAAGGUAUGUGAAUGUCAUUGUGUACUAAAAAAGUAUGUUUGUUAGGAGCAUUUUAAAUAAACUUCCUGAAUAUCGUAGCGAAUCUGUUCAGUUACUCACAAAUACGAAAUGUUUGAAUUUAUUCAGAAUAAAAAAGGUAACCCUUCGUUUUCGCAUAAAAACAACAAUUAUUUUUCGGAAUGGUUUGUGAUUUAUAUCAGCAAGGUAAACUCGAGUAUUUUGCUAUAAAAUGUCUUUUGAACGAAUCCGUAUAUUGCUCAGUAGUAGUGAUGGCCGGAAGACAGGUAUUUUGGGAUAAACCAUUAGGAAUUCUCAAAGACUACUUGACCAAUCGACUCCAAUUUUGUUGUGGUCACUUAGAAGUAUGAAGCCUACGGAUUUUAAGAAUUUUAAGUAACUGGGUGAAAUUAUUGUCAAAUUAGUAGCAAGUUCCAAAACCUGCAUUUUGCCUGGGUUUUCGGCCAUAACUUUUUUACUAUUAGUCGGAUCUUUUUACGUGUAGUCUCAUUCUGUAGGUCUCAUAAAUAUCUAAAAAUCUUAUUUUGAGAGUUUUUCCAUUCCUGCCAACACUUUCGAUUGAAUCCCAAAAAACGCAUUUUCUCAUUCUUUGGUGUCGAAUAAAAAGUUUUCCCACAAAAAUUGAUGUAACCAUGUUAUGCGUCCAUGUUUUAAAUACCUCCUUGAACAACUUGCAUCAAUAAGAUCAGACUUUACAAUUAUUUCGCAAACCAUUCACAUACCUUACCAAUAACUCUCCUGCUUAAGUUGUGAUGUUUCUUUAGAAUUAACAUAUUAAUGUUUGAAAUGUUGUGCCUCAACAUAUAUUAUAUGAUUGACAAAGUCUCUUUAAGAACGGUAUUGAAAUCGCGGAAUGUACAUUCACGUAUUUCAGAUGAAAGUUGUGAUAUUGCCUAUGUACAGGAGUGCAAUUCUAAAAUUCGGGGGUGCCUUAACGUAUGCCUGAUUAAUUUAAUUUUAAGAAGGGAUUUGAAAUCACAUAAUGUUAAUUGAUGUAUUUUAAAUAAAGAUGAUGCAAU